AUGCAAAUAUACCGUACAGCAUCUAGUAAUGAUGUAUCUCGUAAUGCUGUAUCUAAUAAUGAUGUAUCUCGUAAUACUGUAUCUAAUAAUGAUGUAUCUAGUAAUGCUGUAUCUAGUAACGCUGUAUCUAGUAAUGCUGUAUCUAGUAGUGCUGUAUCUAGUAAUUUUAAUAUGAGUAACAUUGACAAAUAUGAUUAUAUUUUUAAAGUUGUCUUAACUGGUGACUGUUAUGUCGGUAAAUCUAGUCUUCUUUCACGUUUCACUCGUAAUGAGUUCAAUUUGAGGACUAUUGGUACUACCGGUGUUGACUUUAAUAGCAGGUAUAUUCAAGUAGAUAACAACAUUAUCAAAGCACAGAUUUGGGAUACUGCUAGCCAAGAGCGUUAUAGUUCUAUUAGAAGAGCAUAUUAUCGUGGAGCCAAUGGCGCAUUACUUGUUUAUGAUAUUGCCAAAUAUGUAACAUACGAAAAUGUCAAAUGCUGGUUGAAAGAAUCAAGAGAAUCUGCUGACAGUAAUAUUGACAUUAUGCUUAUUGGAAAUAAGAGUGAUUUAAUACAUUUGCGAGAAGUUUCUACUGAAGAAGCCAAGCAAUUUGCCGAGGAAAACAAUCUUUAUUUCAUCGAAACUUCUGCUAUGGAUGCUAGUAACGUAGAAUUUGCUUUCCAAAACAUUCUAACCGAAAUUUACCGUAGGGUAUCUAAUGUAUCUCGUAAUGCUGUAUCUAGUAGUGCUGUAUCUAGUAAUACUGUUAUAUCUA